UGCUUGAACAGUCAGUAGCUGGUCACUUUCUAAAAUAUCAACAUGGGUAAAAUUACACUCUACGGCAUCGAUCCCAGUCCUCCAUUCCGUGCUGUCAAAUUGACUUUGGCCGCUUUGGAAUUGCCUUAUGAGUUCGUUCCGGUUAAUGUGCUGGCAAAGGAACAGCUCUCCGAGGCAUUCGUGAAGAAGAAUCCCCAGCAUACGGUGCCUAUGCUAGAAGAUGACGAUGCAGUUAUCUGGGACUCUCAUGCUAUCAUCACCUAUUUGGUCAGUAAGUACGGCAAGGAUGAUUCACUGUAUCCCAAGGAUCUUCUGAAGCGUGCCGUCGUCGAUCAACGUCUGCACUUUGAAUCUGGUGUCGUGUUCGCCAACGCUCUGCGUGCCAUCACCAAGAGUGUGUUCUUCCUUGGCCAGAAGGUGAUUCCCAAGGAUAAGAUUCAGACUGUUGUCGAGGUCUACGACUUUGUGGAGUCUUUUCUCAAGGAUCACGACUACAUUGCUGGCGAUAAAUUGACGGUCGCUGACUUCAGUCUUAUCUCCUCUGUGAGCUCUCUGACUGCCUAUCUGGAAAUUGAUGCCACCAAGUAUCCAAACACAACUGCAUGGAUCAAGCGUCUGGAGCAGCUGCCUUAUUACUCUGCGAAUGAUGUUGGCAAGAAGCAAUUCAUUGAAGCAAUUAAAGCCACAAAGUUUACUAUUGAACAGUAAUUAAUAAAUUACAAAUUACAGACAAAUUUCUCUUAUGAAUGUUUUAUAAUAAAAU